AUGGACGAAGAACACCGUUCCCUUGAAGAGUUUCACCACGCCCUCAACAACAGAGACCUCCACAUUGCAGUAUCUGUCAACGCUGCCAUGGACCCCCAGCCCGCCCACAGCAGCGCAGAAACUGAGUACUAUGAAGACUCAUCAGCCGCCUCUUCUCCCAUCUCUGAACUAGAAGGACUAGUUCUAGCCGUCGACAAUUUAGCAUUUGAAAUCUCCCAACUCCGCCAAUACGUUGCACUUACUUCAUCCAGAGAAUUAUUCAGGUUCAAUUCAAUACACCUAGAGCACCUACCGAUUGAAGUCUACGAACAGAGAAUUCUAGAACCCCCUCGUUGGAACGACAGUGAAGAAAGACGAGCCCUCAGACAACGGGCGGCAGAACAUAAAACAGCUCUUCUGAUACUAUCCAACGGAAUCUCCCCACACAUCUAUCACCUCCAAAACUACGUCAAAACUCCCCAACUCGCAUUCUCACCAGAACAGGACGGGAGAGAGAUUCAUUACCUACUUCCCUGUGGAAUCAUCAUCCACCGACAACCCUACUCUGCACCAUAUCUAGAAUCCCUUACACCUUAUCUUGAACCAUCCAGAAUUGACGUAUACGUUACAGUGUCAUUUGAUCCUACCCCUCUUGAACCUCUUUUUACAAGAAUUGGAAUUUAUGAAACCGAUCUCAUCAAGUUCUAUCGGGAAAUACCAUUUUUCUUUGACCUUCCCCUUACUCCCGAACAGAAUGACGCCUUUAACCCACGAGACUAUCUUAAAACAGGAGUCCACUUGAUCCAAGGAAAUGUUCUUAUUGAAAGAACCCCCUCACCAGACGAAGCAACCUCGAACUUGGAUAGUAAUUCUACCACUAGCUCACAGUUACACGGCAAAGUAACUCUAGUAGCAGAACCCUUCGAAUUCAAAGGAGAAAAGGAACGAUUCAUAGCAUGGCGCCAAGCACUACAGUUGUACUUAACCGCCUACGCAUCCUACUUUCCAGACGAGAAGACAAAGCUCAUCUACCUCUUGUCCAAAAUCAGCGACCAAGGAAUGUCGACAGUAAAAGCUUGGAAAGAGAAUGUGCUUACCAAAGCUCUUGAUGCAACUACCCCCGUAUGGCCGACUCUCUCGACCGUCCUAACCAAUCUAGCCCAAGUAUUCAGGAAUCCAAACAAAAGAUCACAGGCGGUAAAUGAGAUUGAAAUAUACAAACAGGAGAAUAAGCAUUGCGACGAAUUCUUUAGCCACUUCACAACGCUCAUGGACAAGGCCAGAUACGAAGCUACCACUCACUUUGACAUGAUCAACCGCAUUCUCAAAAAGAAUCUUCACUCUUGA